UCGCGUGGGCGAAAGUGAGAGAGAGAACCCAGAAGCAGAUAGCAGAGGGAUUAUCACCCUUGGGUUUUCUAAAAUGGCAAAGUUCAAUUCUGUAAAGAAAAAAUUUGUUUUGAGUGAAAUAAAUGACUAUUCAGCUAUUCAUACACCACUCAAAAGUAGGAUUAAGUAUACAUGUUUUGAUGUAUCACAAAGUUUCAUCGUUCUUGGAGCUACAAGUGGAGGCUUGUAUGUAUUCAGGAGAGAACCAUGCACGUUUCUUCAGCUCCUACCAAACAAAGAGGGACCAAUAACGGAGGUGCUGUUGUCACCAGACGAGAAACUGGUUGCGUUCGCGACCGAACGGAGCGUGGUGUGUGUGGUGGAGCGCACCGAAGGAGGAGGAGCUCGCCUCCUCAACAGGUCGGUGGAGCACCAGAGUGCGCGGAUCACAUCCCUCCUCUGGGUGCACACCUCCGAUCAGGUCUUCAUCGGAGACAACCAGGGCCGGCUGUCCGUCAUUAAUGUGUCGCUAUUUAUGAGCAAGAACAUAUUCCAGAUUCCGGCAUUCAUCUUCAUGCAGCUGGACUCGGGUGUCGUUCAGAUCAGCUGCCACGACGACAUGCUCCUAGUCUCCACCACAACACACAGCUAUGUCUGCGAUACCACCAAAGAACAGUACAGGCAAAUAGGUACAAAACUACGCGACGGUGAAUACGGUGCUUGUUAUCAUGGCGAGAAAAUCUACUGCGCGCGGCCAGGCUCUCGUCUAUGGGAAGUGGAUUUAGAAGGCACUGUUCAGAGCACGCACCAGUUCAAACAAGCACUCGCCGUAGAACCAGCUCUGAUCGUCUCCGAGGCACAAGAUGGCUGCAUUCACAAGCGCAGACCGCCCUCCGACGAGUGGCCUCAACAGUCUUUCAACUUCGCCAAGUUGUCUGUGAUCGGGAAAUUCCUGUUCACUUUCAGACAGGACGGUGUGUAUGUGUUCAACCCAGAGACCGUCGAUGUGGUGUUGUGGAGUGACCGUUACCGCGAUAUCAUAGAUGCUAAAUGUUUCGACGACACCAUCUACAUUUGGACAAAGUCGCAGAAAGUUCACGCACUCACACUAGUCACAUUGGAAAAGUGUUUACUAAGGACUUACUUCCGGGAACGUUAUAAACUUUGUCACAGCCUCUGUUCACAUUUCGCUCCGCAUCUUCUCGAGUCUCCCGAUAUUCUCACCUCUCUAAACCCACUCACCAACCUUUCCAACUUUGUUGACUGUGAUGAAAACGUUGCAAACGUUUUGAAAAUGAUUGAAUCGGUGGCGAAAAACAAAGAAAACUACACACAACUUGAUUCGGGGAUAUAUUUAGUUGACAACCAUCACGCCCGACAGAAAUUGUUGUUUGAAGGGAGAAAAGUUGACGGCCGGUUGAAUCAUGAUUUGAAAAUCAAUAAUAAAAUAAGGAACCCCAGGUCACACAGUCUUCCACCCGACGCUAAAAUGAGACAGAAAAUUAGUGGCAGUGUUCCCUCAGUCUCUGCUUCAUCUCUCCCUGAAUUGAUGAAGAAGACUGCGGGAGAAAAUGGUACUCAACAGUUUUGUGAGGGGAUAAAUCGUGACCAAAAGCACCCCAUUAUCCUCGCACCUCAUCUGCAUUUUCUUCCCCUGUCCUCCCCGGAUAUAAUCCAUGACGCACUCAUGGAGAUCGGUCACAACAUGUCGGGCAAGUUGAUGAAUGGAACUAAAACUCUGAAAGACAAGUGGCAAGUGUUGGAAGGCAAGUUGAAGUUCACCAAAGUUGAUAACACGUUUCAAAAAAUGAAUUUAAAAUCGAAUGAAGCUAUAAGAAACAACAUGAAUAAAGCUGUGAAUGGAGGUGUUGUGGAGAAUGGGGAGAGAAGUACAAACGGGGAUGUGUUGCCCAAUGGUAAUAUAAAUGGGGAAGGUGAAGAGGAGGAGGAAAUUGUGAUUGGGCGGAAAUUGAUAUCCAACAACAACUCAGGGUUUGUUGCCAGCGAGAUUUUGAACCUCUGUCACAAACUGGAAGCCCUCGAAAACGGUCACCGCAUCGAUAAUCAAUCUCUGGACAAGUUUUUCGAAACAGUCCUCACCACUUACAACCGGUACAUCGAGUUUGUCUCCAACAACAGUCGGAAAAACAAACCUGACGUCAAAUAUUUCCCGUUCAAUCAAUUUCUCCCCGAAAAGUAUGUAGGGGUUGUUCAAAGUGUGUUUCAGAAUUCGUUGAGAUCUGGAGAAGUGAUAAAGAGGGUUGCUUCGUUUCACAAUACUAGUUGUCUAUCUGCUCUGUCAGUUCAGGAUUUGAAACAUCCCCAAGUAUUCAGUGAGGUGUAUCCCGUACAUGUUUUACAAGCCGACGCGAUAUUCAGUCAGAUAUUAGUGAUAUUUUCGGAGAUACUGGAUCCUUACACGAUACUCCAGGACUUGGAUGGGUUAGCUGAUUUUCCCUGUAGAUAUUUGUCAUGGUGUGCAGUGAUGGAUAGAUUCCAGGAAGGAGCUCUCCAGUAUUUCACCAAGGAAUCGUCAUCGAAUAGCGUGAAUGUGGGAUGUCGGGAUUGGCCGUUACCUUUAUUGUUGAACGCCAUGUUUCUGCUGCUGAGACUCGACCAAGUUGAUCCAGCGGUUGAGAUGGGACGUCAAGGCAACGUCCCCAUCCACUCAGUGUCCCACGUGAUUCUGAAACUAAACUCGCAUCUGGCUCAAUCUCCAGGGAUGUCUGAAGAAGAGGUAGAAAAGAAAUGCAGCAAUAUGUUUUUGUCGUACGUUGCGAAAUUCUGUGAUAAGGAACCUUUGGAGAAGGUUGAUUUAAACGAUCGUGGGAUGUUGUCGCAUCUUGAGAAGUGUUUGAUACUGGUGAAUAAGGAGCUGGAGUAUUCGGUUUGUAGGUGUGGUUUCCCUAAACCCCCCUCGAAUAAGCUGGCGAGGAAAGGUUGGAGGAAACUGAACGGCACAAGGUACCCAGAGAUCGGGAAGGUUUUGUUGGCAAAGUUUUGGGAAAAACGGGAUGAACCAGGUCAUGUAAAACCAGACCUGAUAUCUCAUACAGAUGGGAUCAAGGAGUUGUGUAAGAUGAAUGGGGAACAGGAUGACGAGAAUUUCUGGAGUUUGAUGGGGAGUUUGGAUGGUGAUGGGAGUGAAGGUCAAGUGUUGAGAGUAUCAGAGAGUAUCGAACAUGUGAAGAGGAUCUGUUCCGUGGUACCUCCGUUGUUGUUGUGGUUUCUCAGUGAGAAGUUGAGGGAGAAUACAAGGUCUGCAGCGUUGUUCAACAUCAAGACUGUGCUGAUUCUGCAGUUGGGCGCCUUGGAGGAACUGGACCACCGUAACGACCCAGGUCGCUGGUCACAGAUCGUCGAGCUGUACGGCAAGAUGGGUCGCGGAGAGUGCUGCUUCUGCGGGCGGAGGUUGCAGAGCUCCGCCGAACUGGUCAGUCUGGCAGAAGACGGCAGUCGACUGGCGAUCGCGAUGCUCAAGUCGCUCGGACCCAGUCACAGCAUGGCGAUACUGCGUCAGCACGUGUCUGAUGUGCCGCAUUUUAUGCUCAACAAACAAUUCUACCAAGCAUGUAUAUUGUCAGGCUUGGUUGACUCGAGAGUUGAAGGCUGCAGAAAACAAGUGGUCGACCAAGUGAUGAACGCUAACUCAACGUUCCCGCUAUCAAGUUCUGUGGGAUCCGAACUGCUCUCAGCGCUGGCCCUUGACACAGGUGAAGCAGUCAGCUGUUGGGAGGAGCGUUUGCAGAGCGGCAGGAGCAGCAAUGCGCAUGCGUGGGGCGUAUGUGUGGAGGCGCACGGCGCAUGCGCACUGUGCUCGCUGAGCAUGCGCACUCCGCAACUGUCAGACGGCCGGCUACGUGCGUUCCGGUGUGAACACGUCUUCCAUCUGGUCUGUCUCAAGGCCGCCAAACGGGCGCUUGUCUGUCCUAUCUGCUCAUAGAUUGGCACACAUCAAACCCGAUGCUUGCAAGCUCAUUCUUCUAACGGGUAAACUUGUAUUUCUGUUGAUUUUUUUUUUUAAUUUUUGUUGUUUAAAAUAUCAAUUAUUCUAUCAACAAGCAAAUAUUGUAAAAAUAGACUUUCUACCAAGUACUUUCCAAUGGCACAGCCAUUUAAAUCAAAACAAGUCCUUUCUUACUCUCAGCUCAAAGGAAAAUCAUCAACUCUGGAAAUUCUAUAAUCACAUGAUGAUAGUUUUAUUCUAAUAUGAUAAAUAUAUGUCCAGCCUAGACCUAUUCUAGAAAUCUUGAUGAACGUUGUUGAGUGUAUUUUAUAAUAAAACUCCUAAACCCUUUUCAAGACGUUCUAGAAAAAGUCAAUUCUUCAAGAAGAGAUAAUAUUUUCUAGGAAAUUCUAGAUCUUGAAAUUCUAGGAUGAAAGCCAUAGCCAUGAUGUAAAUUAUUCUAUGAACAUCUAUGGUUUUUCUCUCAUUUAUUUCGAAGACAGAACCAGCGAUUAUUGAAAUAUAACAAUAAAUUUUAAGAAAAUCGGAACAAACUUCCAAUUCUAUAGCUGAUAAUUUAUGAAAUUAUAACUCAAACCCAACAUGAUUUUUCAAAGCGUAUGAAUAUUCAAAUAAGUUUAUCUAAAAUUAUUGGUCAAAUUUUCUGGUUCAAGUAAGACUGUAAACUGGCAAUCAUAAUUAUAAAUGGAAGCUUUUUGACAUUCCUUCAGUUUGAAAUGUGGAACAUACUAAUUCAAAUUUUGGGAAGCUUCUAAAACUUAUUUUGACAGCAAGUUACUUUUCAAAUCUCUAAACUAAGUAUACGGUUGUUAUUGAACUGAGCAUUAAAAACUGAGCAUACAUUUCACAAAGAACAUUUCCGUGGUUGAUGAUUUUAAAAGAGAGAUGAUAGGAUUUGAUAAUUAUUGGACAAAAUUUGCUGUCAUUUCUCUAUGCAUCCAAUGUAUAGGUAAUCUUCGUUUAAAAUCCUGUAGCCUAUUAUUUCCAUUCAAAUGAACUAGUGGUACGGUUUUUAUACAUUUAAAAAUGAUUAAGAAAAUGAAUUAUGUUGGAAACAAAGAUUUCUUUUUCAAAUUAAUGUUAUAACGUUUUUCAUUGAAAGUUAUUAUUUAACUAUUCAUAGAAGCAUUCCUAAUUUUAUUAGCUUUUCCUUCUUUGAAUUCAAUUCUCCUCUAUCUAUUGGAUGAAGCAAACAAAUACAAUAUUCAUAAAUUAAUAAGAAACUAUUGUCCAAAAUUUCUAAUUUUGUGCAAAAUAAACUGUCAAUUUUUUCAAAAUGACAACAAUUUCUGUCCAAUUCUUGAACAAAAUAUUUCAUUUAAUUUUUUUGUGGGUUUUCAACCCCCUAGUCUUUACCUGAAAACUCUUUAAUGGAGGUUCAGGGUUCCUAUAAUGUUACAAUCAAUCCUAUAUCUAUACUAUAUGCAUGUUCUUGUAGUUUAAGAACAUUUUAUCUAAUUUUGACUAGAUAAUUCGCAUGAUACGAGAGGGAACAGUAUUUUAGUCUGAAAUGAAUGUAAACUUAUCGCUCAGAAGUUAUGCGUGUGUGUGGAAUAUCUGUCAGUUGUUUGAUGAGUGUGAACCAUCCCUUUAAUGUACAGUUUUUGUAGAAAUAAUUCAUUAAUCAAAUAGUUCAGAGGUGUAUUCAAUUAUUGAUCUUAGCAAAUAUUAUCCAAUUCCCCGCCUGCAGAAUGAUAUUUAUUUUUUCUGUUAUGAACAAUCAUUUUCUAAAACCUAAUAAUUCCUUGAGAUUAAAAACCAUUUGCUUCCUGGUAACUUGUUGGAAAUUAGAUUCUGAAUCUUGAAUGUAUUCAAUCUUCAACUUAUUAUUUAAAUAGGAAAUGAAAUAAAUAGGAAAUCCCGCUUUUUACGGAGGAAAUAGAGUUUUCUAUGUAUCCGUUGUCACAUAAAAGCCUUUUUCACCAUCCCUAGUAGUAUUGAAGUAGUAAUGAAUUCAACAUUCUCUCCAUUUUCAAAAAUGUCUGCUUUUAUCUUAUAAUUGAACAGGAAGUUUAUCAACCCUUCCAACUAUUCUUUUUAUUCAAGUUGAGAAAUGAUAGGGUAGAACUUUCUCUUAUAUACAAUAUUUAUAAUUACUUAUAUCCUACAUCAAUACUAACUUAUAAUUCCCAAUCAUUUUAUUGUAAGUUGUAAAUAUUAGUGAAGAUGAUAUCAAGUGAUACUUGGACCACAUUAAUUAUGUAACAACUAGUCUUUAGAAAAUCCUAGUGAUACGAUGGUAUGAUGUAAGAUUCAUUUACAUGCAGUUUUGAUAAAGAAAUGCAUUCUCUCUUCUAAUCCUUUUGUCAUGAUACUUAUGAUUUCAAACAUAAUUAUUAUUGAAACGUAAUCUAAACCC